UCUCUGACGUACUACCUCUGAUCCCUCUUUGUCGUUAUACCUAUGCGUAAAAUUUUACAAGUCCAAAUCACCAUCGUUCGUUAUUGCUGAGUUCUGGAAGCGGCUUCGACUAUGUUUUCCACGUCGUCUGUGAGAAAUAUGUGUGACCGUCUUAGAUAUUUUAUGUAGUGUUAUUUUAUAUUUGUAUUUUUACGUUUAAAUAACGUAUAGUCAAUAAAAAUUUGAAGUUUGAAGUGUACCCACAUCCGCUACGGACACGAGUACGACCAACAUUUUUGUAUCCACGUGAAGAUUAAAGUUAACAUGGCUGAAGACCGAGAGUUCAGUGAUCGAAAACAUGAAAAGUCAAAAAAACGUGAUAGGGAACAUGAAAAAAAUGGUGUUAAUAAGAAAGAAAUCAAACGGGAGUACCAUGAUGACCGUUUUGACUCUGGUUAUAACUCCCAAAUUAAGAGAGAGUAUGAAUUAGGAAAUAGCAUCAAAGAAGAAAAUUUUUCCGAUAAUGAAGAUGACACAUUUUCCAGUCGCAAAAGAAAAUAUAGUGAUAAUUUUGUUAAGGAAGAAAAUCUAUCUGAAGAUGAUAUACCAUUAUCCAGUCGAAAGCGUAAACACUCAGCUAGUAGUGAAGAUGACAUUCCCCUGAGCGCUAGAACAAAGCAUAUUAAAAAAGAACACAGUAGUAGUCAUAAAAAACAUAAAAAAGACAAAGAACAUAAAAGUAAACAUAAAGAAAAAGAUAAAAAUCAUUCUUCAUCUAAAGAUUCCUCAAAACAUAAAAUUAAAAAGGAAAAUAAUACAUCACAAAAGGAAACUCCCAUUAAAAGUCCGUCCAAAAAGAAGAAAGAAGAAGAACAAGAGGUUUGGAAGUGGUGGGAAGAAGAAAAAAAAAAUGAUGGUGUAAAAUGGAAAUUUUUAGAACAUAAAGGUCCAGUAUUUGCUCCUGACUAUGAACCAUUACCAAAAAAUGUGAAGUUUUACUAUGAAGGUAAAUGUGUUCAAUUGUCUGAAUCUGCAGAAGAAGUUGCAACAUUUUAUGCCAAAAUGCUUGAGCAUGACUAUACUACCAAAGAAGUGUUUAAUAAAAACUUCUUUAAAGAUUGGCGUAAAUGUAUGACACCCAAAGAGAAAGAAUUAAUAACUGAUUUAUCAAAGUGCAAUUUUAAAGAAAUGAAUCAAUAUUUUACUCAAAAAUCUGAAGAACGUAAAGCAAUGAGUAAAGAAGAAAAAAAAAAAAUAAAAGAGGAAAAUGAAGCCAUUCAAAAAGAAUAUGGGUUUUGUACUAUUGAUGGCCAUAAAGAAAAAAUAGGUAAUUUUAAAAUUGAACCUCCUGGUUUGUUUAGAGGCAGAGGGGAGCAUCCUAAAAUGGGAAUGUUAAAAAAAAGAGUGGUACCUGAAGAUGUUUUGAUUAACUGUAGUGAAGAUUCUAAUAUACCUAAACCUCCUGCUGGUCACAAAUGGAAAGAAGUAAAACAUGAUAGUGCAGUAACAUGGCUUGCAAGUUGGAUUGAAAAUGUUCAAGGUCAAGUUAAAUAUGUAAUGUUAAAUCCUUCAUCAAAACUAAAGGGUGAAAAAGAUUGGCAAAAAUAUGAGACUGCUAGAAAAUUAGCUAAGUCAAUUGAUAAAAUUAGAGAAAACUAUAUUACUGAUUGGAAAUCCCGAGAAAUGCAUGUUAGACAGCGAUCAGUUGCUUUGUACUUUAUUGAUAAAUUGGCAUUGAGAGCUGGUAAUGAAAAAGAUGAAGACCAAGCAGAUACUGUUGGUUGUUGUUCCUUACGUGUAGAGCAUAUUCAAUUACAUGAAGAACUUAAUGGAAAAGAAUAUGUUGUUGUAUUUGAUUUCUUAGGUAAAGAUUCAAUAAGAUAUUACAAUGAAGUGCCUGUCGAAAAAAGAGUGUUCAAGAAUUUGAAAAUUUUUAUGGAAAACAAAAAAGGCAGUGAUGAUCUUUUUGAUAGGUUGAACACAUCAAUAUUGAAUCAACAUUUACAUGAACUAAUGGAUGGUCUUACUGCUAAAGUAUUCCGUACGUUCAACGCUUCAUGGACUUUACAACAGCAAUUAGACAAAUUAACAGAUCCUAAUGUUUCUGUAGCUGAGAAAAUAUUACAAUACAAUCGUGCCAAUCGUGCUGUUGCUAUAUUGUGUAACCAUCAAAGGGCUAUUCCAAAAACCCAUGAAAAAUCAAUGGGGAAUCUUAAAGAAAAAAUACAAAACAAAAGAACUCAGGUUAAAGAAGCUAAAGAGGCAUAUAAACAAGCUAAACGAGAUGCAAAAGAUGGUAGUGUGCACUCUCAAACCCAAUUAGAAAAAAAGAAAAAAGCAUUAGAACGAAUGAAAGAACAGCUAACCAAACUAGAAGUUCAAGAGACUGAUAAAGAAGAAAAUAAGACAAUUGCUUUGGGUACGUCCAAAUUGAACUAUUUGGACCCACGUAUUUCUGUAGCCUGGUGUAAGAAAUUUGAUGUUCCUAUUGAAAAAAUUUACAAUAAAACGCAAAGAGACAAAUUUAGAUGGGCUAUUGACAUGGCAGGACCAGAUUAUGUAUUUUAAUAUUGAAUGUGUGAAUUGUCUACAUAGUAACAAUUGAAUGGUAUACUUUUUACUUUAUUAUCCCUUUUCCCUAUUUUUUUUUUACAGUAUUUUGCUUGAUAAAUCUGAGUUCAUCAUAACUAUUGGAUAGUACCAAUUUUUAUUGAGUGCCUUUUUUAUCAUUGCAAAUAUGUUUUAAAAAUUUAGCAGUGACUUAAUUAAAACCUGUAUGUAUAUUAUUUUUUUUUUACAAUUAUUCUUUCAUUUAAUUUUUAUUUCUUGUAGUGUCCGUUUAAAACAAAUAUAAAUUUGUAAGCAUAUUUUUUAUGUGCUAGGCCUUAGCUUAUUUUCUACCUUAAAUUUAUAUUUGAUUGUAAAUUGUGAUAAUUUUCUGAAAAUACAGUUGAUAGUAUUUUGUAAAAAAAAAAAAAAAUCAACACAAAAGAUAAGAAUUGUCAUUUUAAUUAUUUUUUAAUUUAAUUCUAAUUUUGUUUACUACUUUACUUAACAAAUUACUGUUUU